AUGGACGACUCUCGAAAAGACCAAGAUUCUUCUGCUUCCACACCCCAACCCACCAGCGCUUUUGAGAGAUGGCGCAGAAAAGCUAUGCUUGUCACCGGUCUCGGGGUGACUGAGGAAGAACGACUUGAGGAUAUUCGCAUGCAUCAUGUCAGGCAAUGUGAGAGCAAGAAGGAGUACCUCAUAAAUUACAGCCCAAUUGUUGUAUUUAUGCUCAAGCAUCUGAAGCUUUCUGGCUGUGAAGUACCUCCAUCUAAUAUCCUAUGUGCACCUUGUGAUCAGACGCGGUCGGGAGGCUUCACGCCCGAUCCUGGUGCUGUGGUACUCUGCGCUGGCAACUUCUACAGCGAACAGCAUAUGGAAAGCACCAUUGCCCAUGAGUUGAUGCACAUGUACGACCAUUGCCGUUUCAAAGUAGACUGGGCGAACUUGCGCCAUCACGCCUGUAGCGAGAUUCGGGCGAACAAUCUCAGCGGUGACUGUCGCUUUACGCGCGAGUUACGUCGCGGCGUCGUGUCGUUCUCAAAACAGCACCAGGCUUGCGUACGGCGGCGAGCCAUUGAAUCUGUGACAGCGAACCCAGCAUGCCCUAAUGAAGCGGCAGCAGAGCGUGCAGUCAACGAGGUUUGGGAAAGCUGUUUCAACGAUACCCGGCCGUUUGACGAGAUCUACUGA